UAUCUAAACACAGAGUAUCGCCCAAUUUCAGCUCAUAGUUGCGAGUGACAGAUCAAACAUCAGAGUCCCACAUCACGGAAUAACAAGAUAAGAUUCCUGUGAAGCAGCAAUGGAUCAAGCUAGGUCAACAAUAUCGAAAAUUUUUAAUGGGGAGCCACACUCCUACACACGUUUCAACUUGACCCAGAACAUGGAAGGGGAUAACAGCCAGGUGGAGAUGAAGCUGUCAUCAGACAUGGAUGAGGAGGCUGGGGAAAAUGGCGUGGGGGCCCACCUCAGUCACAACGCCAACCGCAAACCCUACGUGGCUCAAAAACUUGGACGCACACCCAAGAACCUCUGCUUCAUGGCAGCCACCACCCUCCUCAUCUUCAUCAUUGCAUACAUGAUUGGCUCCCUCAUCCAGCGGAAGAAGGACUGUGCAGCCUCCGUGCUCCCUUUUGAAGAAGCUGUUGCCCACGAGACAGGUGCUGCCCCCCUCAUGGACUGGGAUGAUGUCAAAAAGCUCCUCGCUCAAAAAUUGAGUGCAUCCAACUUCGAAACUGCCUUCAGUGAAUUUUCCAGUGUCAACCACCGGGCUGGUUCUCCAGGUGAUGAAGAUCUGGGGGAAAAGGUGCACAAGAGGUUUAAGGAGUAUAACAUGAACACCUGGAUCGACGAGCACUAUAUUAAGGUGCAGGACCCCCCAGCUUCCAGAUUCAACAAACUUGUUUUCAAGAACGGGCAAGAGGAGCGGCUAGAUGGAUUCCUGUCCUAUAGCACCAAUGGAAAAGUAACGGGUGCCAUCCUGUAUGCAUACUAUGGACAGGAAAGUGACUUCAGGUUGCUGCAGGACAGGAACAUCAACCUUAAUGGCAGGGUGAUGCUGGUCAGAGCUGGUAAGAUCAGCUUUGCAGAAAAGGUAGCCAAUGCUGCCAAAAUGAAUGCUUCUGCUGUGUUGAUCUAUGCAGACCUUGCUGAUUACUCUAUCGGAGACACCACUCAGCUCUUUGGACAUGUCCACUUGGGUUCAGGGGAUCCCUACACCCCUGGCUUCCCCUCCUUCAACCACACCCAGUUUCCUCCUGUCCAGUCUUCAGGCCUGCCAAAAAUCUUGGCUCAGACCAUCACCACACGUAUGGCUAACAGCAUUCUGAUGAAUCUGGGGGGUCAGAGUGUGCCACAAGAAUGGGGAGGUGUCACCAAACUGGGAGAUGAGAAUGAUGUCAUUACUGUGGAGGUCAACAACGUUCUUGCUGAGAAAAAGAUAAAUAAUGUCUUUGGGGUCAUCAAAGGGUUUGUGGAUGCAGAUCGAUAUGUGGUUAUUGGUGCCCAGAGGGAUGCAUGGGGUCCAGGUUUUGCUACAUCAACCGUCGGAACCAGUGUCCUUGUUGAGCUGGCUCGUUCCAUCUCAGACAUGGUGAAGAACGAUGGAUUCAAGCCAAGGAGGAGCAUUGUGUUUGCUAGCUGGAGUGCUGGAGAAUAUGGGAGUGUGGGCGCCACUGAGUGGUUGGAGGGUUAUCUGUCUUCUCUGAGCAUGAAAGCCUUUUCCUACAUCAACCUGGAUCGUGUUGUAACAGGUCGGAAUGGGUUUAAAGUAGCGGCCAGUCCUUUGAUGUACAGUGUAAUCGCAAAUGCUCUGACAGAGGUGAAAAGCCCAAGCAGUGAUGUGUCUCUCCGUUCUCAAUAUGGAAAAGGCAACUGGGAGUCGAAUGUGAUGGAGCCUCUGAAGUUGGAAAAUGCUGCGUAUCCUUUCCUUGCCUUUUCUGGCAUUCCCUCUGUCUCAUUUGGGUUCACCUCUGGGAAUUCAGAGUACCCGUACUUUGGCACAUUGCUGGAUACCCGGGAGAAGUUGAACUCGGCCACGUCUGGCCAAGUUCCUCAGUUGGCUGAAAUUGCGGCCCGGUUUGCAGGUCAUAUGGCACUGAGGCUGGUCCAUGACCAUCUGCUGAGGAUGGAUGUGACAAAGUAUGACAAGAUGAUACGUACUCGUGUGGCUCAGAUCAACGCAAAACUCAAGAAUGUUCAGAGGUUGCAGCCCCAUCUGCUGCCCAAGACUCUGACAGUGCAGUGGUUGAUCUCAGCCUCUGGCUCCUACAGCCGUGCCUCUCGCAACCUGGCAGCAGACAUCUUGAACAUCGACCUGGAGGACAUCGAGAUGUGCCGCAUCAUCAAUGACCGCAUCAUGACGGUGGAAAGGAACUUCCUGUCACAGUAUGUGUCCCCCAGAGAUAGUCCUUUCCGCCACAUCCUGCUUGGCUCUGGCCCGCACACACUCCAGGGGCUGCUCAACCACCUUGAAGCCCUCAGGAAUGACAACCCUGAGGCUGAGGCCGACCUGCUCCGGAACCAGUUUGCCCUGGCGACCUGGACCAUUCAGGGCUGUGCCAACUCAUUAGCAGGGGACAUCUGGUCUCUGGAUAAUGAAAUCUAAAAAUCCUCACACCAUUGUUAAUGGUUUGAUCCAAUUACCACAGUAUGAAAACCAACAAGCUGUUAUCAUUAACAAAAGUCGCAGUUACACAGCUUUUCAAAUUGGCUGCACUUGAUUCAGGAAAUUAUAAAAGUCACCAUCCGGUCACCUCUCUUCCAUAAAUUUCAACACUUUAGUUAAAAGCUGCCUCAUCUCACUUCUGACUGAAAUUCUCCAAAAAGCCAAACAUUAAUGAUAUUACUUAAUUAAGCCUUCAGCCUUAACACACAGAAGUUUCGGUAGCAGAUCAAUACAUGGAAAGAAAAAAUCUUUAAGAAUUGUAACAUGUGGUACUUAAAUACCACAUCUUGGAUAUGUUGUUAUGUUAUGUGGUGGAUAUAUGCAAAGAAGUGUUACCCCAUGAAUGGGUUGAAUGUAGUGAAAGUGAUGCUUAUUCAGCACAGUAUCAGUAUAACAUUAAUGAUAAUACUUAAUUAAGCCUUCAGCCUUAACACACAGAAGUUUCUUCAACUACGUGGCACUGAAACAGAAAUCGUACGUCUAUGUAUUGUGUAAUUUAUCAGUGGCAGGGUUCACUAUAAAUAGUUUUUUUAUUGCCUUUUCAUAAGAAAUGUAUAAUUAUCGGGAGCAGUGCCUUCCAUAAUUAUGACAGUUAUACUGUCGAAAUGACAAAAGCAGCAUCUGCUUAAAGAAGUGAACAUGUUGACCGACGGUCGGUACCGAACACACAAGAGCUUCAACAACUGAGGUCAUAUUUUUGUCUACUUAACUGACACUGGAUUGGUCUUUAAGGCAAGGCCAACUCGCAUAUCAAACCUAUGACAAUAUUCACUGAACAACUCAGGCUGUUGGUCAGUACCGGUCCCUUGGUACAUGCACACUUCUCAUCCUGACAACAUUAUCGGGAGCAGUGUCUUCCAUAAUGUGAAAAAGAAGAAGGUAGUUUUUGCCUACCAGUGUGUAUCCGUAUCGGAGGCAGUGCCCUCCAUAUUUCACUGUAGGGGUGGAUGUUUUUAUUAUCGGGGACAGUGUUUCCCAUAAUGUGUAAAUAUACAAUACAUUGCUACACAAUGCAUCAUCUUGCGCAUCAUCUUGAGAUCUGAAAGAGUGAUUUUCAACUUAAUCUUUUGUGAAAAAACAUUUCCAUGCGUUUAUUAAGUUGAAGGAUCUGCGUGUCUGUCUUCUCUUCUGGAUUUCUGUAGUUUUUUCUCAUUUUUAAAUCAAAUCUUUUCUUUGGGCUGCAUAUUGAACUGCUAUGGAAGGUCUUUUUUGCUUCCAAGAGAACAUGAUAGAAAUGUGUUUGGGACCACUGUGAUAACAGUGGUGUGUUCCAUAAAAGAUCAGCAAUCUGCAAUGUGGGAUUUUGUUUUUAAUGAUCCAGUGUGAAAGUACAUUCUAUCUUCUAUUUUGAUGUGUUCAUUCAUUGUUUUUAAAGAGAUUUAAAUGUGCCUUUUGUUUCAUCACUGCAUUAUAGAGCCGAGUUUCUUCAUUCAGUAUAUUGAGGCUUUUGAGGAUGUAUAUUUGGCUUGUUUUUGUUUAGUUUUGACACUUCUGUAUUUCUUUCUUUUUCCUGUUGCCUGGUAGAAUCAAGUUACUGGUGUAAAAGCCUGUCAUGCUACGACACAUUUUAGAUGAGAAUGAAAGAAGGAUAAUGAAAAUAGUGAAACCUGAAAGAACAAAUGUAUGUGACAGUAGAUGAUUAGGUAACCCCUUUUUUUUUUAGUAAAUCUGGUCUCACUGUUGCUAAUGUUAUCCCUCAGUAGAAAAACCUAAAUUAUAAUAAACCUAACCAUUUAUAGUCUGAGUGAUUAUGCUGAUCUGCUGGGCUGUAAUGAGACAUGUGCUGGAAGUUGCAUUUCUGAAAUUGGCAAAUUACUGAGCAACCGCUAAAAAAGAAACUCUUCUAUGAGAAUGCAGACACAAUUGGUCUUUAUUUGGGAGGGCUUUCAAAUUCUGUUAACAUGGAUAAAUGUGUUCCAAAAUUAUUGUUGAAAAUAUGGAUGUAUAUUUCUUUCCCCCUUCAAACUGUAUACAAGUUUCCUUUGCUUUACGUGUUUGUUGCUACAAUA